AGAUAAAACAAGUAAAAAAAAAAGAAAAAUUUUGACAAAUUAUUAAAGAAAACAGCUUUACUAACUGUGAUGUGAAUGAAACUGGUGUUUUUAUACGAUAAAUCUCAAAAUGACGAUUACCAUGAUUUCAAAAAUGCUUAGCAUUGCUAUAGUACUGUGCGUACUUUUCGUUAUCUACGGUUUCAUGUCUAAGUUAAGCCUGACGUUCUUGGGUUUCACAUCAUCAACCAAGCUAACGAGUCUUUCGGGGCCUCCUGUACAUCAAUGGAAUUUUGAAAACGCUACCUUAUUUCUUCCGGGAAUAACCAAUAGACUAUAUCGUCAGGAAGUUUAUAGCAGGGCUGCUCGCCAUCACAGUCGACAUCUACAUGGUCCAAAAAAAUACCAUGUCACCCGAAGACAACAACAGAUUAAUCACAGUUUUAGAAGAGUGUGCUAUUACACAGUACCCAGUGAUGAAUGGCCAUUCCUUCAACCUGGCCAAAUUGAUGUUGCUCUUUGUACGCACAUCAUCAUUGGUUUUGCCAAAAUUUCCAGUGGUUUAUUGACCCCUAUUGGUGAAAAGGAUGAAGUCAUUUACAAAGAAGUCAUUGAAUUGAAGAAAAUUGCUCCAGAGUUGAAAGUCUUACUUUCUGUAGGUGGAGCCAAUAAUGAUUUAGGUUUUCAUAGUGUAAUUGAAACACUGGAAGACCGCGAAGAGUUUGCCGUCAGUUCCGCCAAUUAUUUGAAGAAAAUGGGAUUCGACGGAAUUGAUUUAGACUGGGAGUUUCCCGCAUGGUAUCGGCCGUUUGAAGAACGUUUCAUGUUCCAAAUGUUGCUGCAGGAGCUUCACUACGUUUACAAGAAUCCUUUGUAUAACCUUACCAUAUCUGUGGCUGUAGCAGCUUCCAAGUCUAUCAUUGAUCGAAGUUAUCGCGUAGCUCAAAUGGCAAAAUAUGUGGACUUUGUAUCCUUGAUGGGAUACGAUUUUCAUUCGUUCAAAUGGUACCUUCCCCUUACGGGUCACAAUUCGCCGCUCUAUCCUCGCUCCGAUGAAUGGAACAUGUUCAGUACAGUCAAUUUGAACUGGACUUCGUUUUAUUGGGUGCAACUAGGAAUGCCGAGGGAGAAAUUAGUUAUAGGAUUGCCAACUUACGGUCAGACAUAUCAAUUGUACAAUCCGAGCUUUCAUGGUCUCUACGCCCCGGCCAUCGGUGCUGGUACUGUUGGUAUGGGCGGACAGAUUGCAUAUCCAGUAGUGUGCCAAUUUCUGGCCAAUGGCGGAGUUCGGGAAUUUGACGUAGACAGCCGUGUACCGUUUGCAUAUCACAAAAGGUCUUGGAUCUCUUACGACGAUGAGCAGAGUUUAGAAGAAAAGGCAAAGUGGAUAAGAAGCAAUUAUUUUGGUGGAGUUAUGGUCUUCGAUCUCAAUUGUGACGACUACAAUAACAUUUGCGGGAACAACACAUUUCCUUUGAUCAAAUCAAUACUGCGUGGAUUGACAACAUAGUUGUAUGGUCAUGUCAUAUCUAUUUUUCUCUCAACACAUCAAUCACUUUAUAAAGCUAUUGCAUAUUUAUAUUAGAUUCUUUUUAUAAUAUUUGGCGCAUUGAAUAGCUCUAGUCACCUCUCACGUAUAUCAAAACAUCACCUAGUCCACCAAUAAUUUUCUCAAAUAAAUCAAUUACCUCACAUACCUAUCAUUAAAAUCACCUAUUCCUAACUUUGAUUUUUAUCAACAUUUCUAGGAUGACAUCCUGGUUCUUACAGUUUAUCGAUUGUAUACUUGUUUGUAGUACUCAAAUGCACUUCUAAAGUAACUCACAUCAUAGGACUAUU